AUGCAUCGGUUUCUGACCAAAAGGGUAAAAACUGCAGCUGGACACAUGUGGACCCCAAAUAACUCCAAAAUGCAAAAACAUUUUAAAAAUGAUGGUCAGAAUUGCAAAGUACAGCCCCAGGUUUCAGUACGAGUGGUAACUAAGACUAAAGAUAGUCAUCCCGUGGAUGCCAUUAGCAACAAUGAGGAAAUGAAUAUAACUGUAAUGUUUCAAGAUAUUAAAACUUCACAAGAUGUCCUCCUCAGUCAAUUAACCAAUAUUGUUACUGCUGUGUCCACAAUUCGGGAAAAAAUUGAUACUUACCAGAAGCAGAUGGAAAUGAUAGAAACCAGGGUGAGGGCUAAUGAAGACAGGCACUCCAAAAUGGCUAGUGAUCUCCGCUUAUUAAAAGAAGAUGUCACUGUUUUGAAGAAGAUAGCCACAGAUCUUGAAGCUCAGAAUGCUUGCUCCUCCUUGCACUGUGUGGAGAUUCCUGAUGGAGGGAAGAGCAGAGAAAUAGUCGAACUGAUCCACAAUGUCAUGGGAUCUGCAAUACAGCAAAAUUCACUGGUGACCACAGCUGAACUAGAGAAAGUCCACAGCAUGGCCGGAUCCCAGUCCCACCAAGGCGAAAAAACUGGCUCCCACAUGAUAAAAACAUUGAAGGAAAAUAGUCAAGAAAACUCAGUGAGGAACUUAAAGAGUACAAAUUCAAAUAUUUAUGCUUAUCCAGACUUCAAUACUUGGAUCAAACUUACUUUUGUCCACGGAGGGAAGUGGAGAUUUUUUCUGAGUGCUACCAAACUGGAGGAAUUCGUCCAAUGGGUACUUACAAGGCCAUCAGUCUUCCCUGGACAGCCCCAGCUCAUAGCCCAAAAAUAUUAUCCAUUUGCUGGGCCUCUCACAUGCCUGACUACUCUAUGCCUAUCUGCUUUCAAUUACCUUUACUGCUUUUUUCAUUCUCUGAAAGAACAAGUAACUAGAAUAUAG